UUAAACCGCGCAGACAGUUUUACCGGCCCGUAUUAAACUAAAGAAAUCUGGAAAAGAAAGCUCAAAGUUUCAUCUUCUUAGGGUUUCCUCUCUCUAUUCUCAUUCUCUCUCCUCCAUUCUUUGGUGAUUCAGCAAGCUUUUAAGAAGACGAUGUACGGAUCAAACUAUGGUUCCAGUUAUGGGUCUGGCUACUCUUCCAGAGGGGCAAUGUUGGGAAGCGGGGGGGUAUCGGACGGGUACGAGGUCGGCUCAAAGAGACAAAGAAUGAUGGAAUCAAAUCCAUACUUCGCAGUGGGAAGCAGUCCAGCAGGAUACCAGCCUUACAACUACGGAAGCAGCUUUCAACCUUCUGGCUUUCCUGUCGUUCGCCUUAGAGGUCUUCCUUUCAACUGUACUGAUAUUGACAUCCUUAAGUUCUUUGCUGGCCUGGAUAUUGUGGAUGUGCUCUUGGUCAACAAGGGUGGGCGAUUUACGGGGGAAGCAUUUGUGGUGCUAGCUUCAGGAGUGCAAGCUGACCUAGCGCUCAACAGAGAUAGACAGAACAUGGGCCGUAGAUAUGUGGAAGUUUUCAGGUGUAAGAAGCAGGACUAUUACAAUGCUGUGGCUGGUGAAGUGAGUUAUGAAGGAAUCUAUGAUAAUGACCGCCCAAACUCCCCGCCAGGUCGAUCUAGGAGGUCUGUUGACAAGGAUCAAUUGGAUUACACUGAGAUCCUUAGGAUGCGUGGUCUUCCUUUUUCUGUAACUAAGGCAGACAUAUUGAAGUUCUUUGGAGAUUUUAAUGUGAUUGAGGAUAAAAUCCAUAUAGCAUGCCGGGCAGAUGGUAAAGCUACUGGAGAGGCAUAUGUUGAGUUUUCUUCUUCAGAUGAGGCUAAGAAAGCCAUGUGCAAGGAUAAGAUGACUAUUGGUUCACGUUAUGUGGAGCUGUUUCCCUCAACAUCAGAAGAAGCAAGGCGAGCUGAAUCAAGAUCAAGGCAAUGAUGAGCGCAAUGUAGCUGAGAAACAUCAUUUCUGCAGUUUCAUUUGCUAGAUUAAAGUUUACUGUUUUGUUAUGCUAUUAUCCUCACCGGUAUAAUCUGUACUUUGUCAGUUUGUUAGUGUAGACUUUAAACUGUGACUUAUUUUAGGUGUUAUGCUUCAUAAUACAAGGGUUCAAACAUAUGGAUUCGUGCA